CGAGAGCCGACUAGGCCCCCGUCGUGCUUUCACACCCCAAGGAUCGCAACAGUUUUCUUGCCCGUAAUUCUCCUUGCCGAUAUAUACAUGGGCUUAGAAUCCACCGAAGGUGCCGCCGGAAAUGGUCGAACAACCCAAUCAGCACGUCGGAGAUGAGUCGAAAGUCACAGGCUUGCUGUCAGUGAAGGAAUCAAACAAGCCUGCAUCUAGCGACAAAGAUGACGAUGACCAAGGUGCUUUGGCGCCCAGCUUCACCAGUAACAGAAGCGGAGGCACGACGGACUCGAGGAGCACUGUCAAGUCCAUAGAGAGCACCGAGGCCACAGAUACCGCCCCCGAUGACGGUAAAUCCAGCGGGACCGAUGCCGACGAUACCGGCUCAGCUCAAAUGGGCAAGGCGGAGCAAGAGCAGCCAGCAGACGCCAGCAAGGGCCCUGCGGUCGAGCAAGACGGAAUGGUUCCACAGGAGGGGCAGACGGAGAAUUCAAGGAAGAAGCCCAGAAAGCCGCGAGCCGAGCGGCUCCGUGAGGAGCAAGGGUCUCCCUCUGACACGGAGGGGGAACUCGAAAGUGGCGACGAGGACGUCUACGCCCUAAGUUCAACCAUCGGGUGGGCGUCAGAGCUGCAAUCCAAAAACCUGUAUGAAGCGUUCCGCAUGAAGCUCGAAAGAAGGCAGAAACUCCUGGAGAAGAAGGGCCACAAGAAAAAGGAUAACCAGGGCCCCGCGCUGCUCAAAGGCCUGGCCGACUACAUGCGGGUGCUAGAGAAGCGCAUCGGGAAACUCGAAACUGAGCACGCAAAGUCCGGCACAGAAGCGACAAAAGGUGGCAGUGGCGAGAAUCGCGAUGGGGAUGGCAGGGCGUCGGAGGGCAAGGACAGCAAAAUGGAUGGCAGUGCGUCGGAUGGCAGGGACAGCAAAAGGGAUGCCGAUGUGGACGAGGACCAAGUCCUAACAUCAUUCCACGACUACCAGCACGAAGAGACGCUCGUGUUUACAGAACUGGAUCGCAAGGGCCCCUUCUGCGACGAAAGCGAAUCCUUCAUUUCCAAGAACCCGCACUAUGUGCUGCGCGUCCUAUUCAAGUGGAACGAAACGUACCGUAACCCCAAGAAGCACGACAGCCUCUUCCAGCCCGACCCGGCACAGGUGGACGUCCUCGGCAUCCGCAUCAACUCGCGGCCCAUCGCAUCCUUCCUCGAGAGGCAGAUGAACUUCAAGGUUGAUUGCCUCUCCAUUACGCAGACCUCAAAACCGUUCCGGCUGCUCAUCCGCAAUGCCGCAGCGAUCCAGCACCAGCUCGAUGUUUUGGAGGCAAAGUAUGGACAGAGCUUUGCCACUCCUCGGCCGGAGGAAGUCAAAACGACACCGGAUUUGGAGAGGACAGAGUCGGAUGGCGCCGCCGCGACUACCGGGCAGAAUGUAACACCUGGCAGCAGCGUCGAGACAUCGGCCAAGGAGCCCACAGCCGAGGUGGAGGAAGAUGCCGAGCGCCGGGAGGAUGCAGUCGAGCUCUACGACUCCAAGAAGGCCCUCCUACACUUCAGGGAGCUCAUGGCCUUCAUCGACAGAUACCUCGGCCAGAAACGCAGGCUUUACGACGACAUACAGCUGGGGAUCCCGCCUAGGGUCACGUUCGAGGAUGUCUGGAUGCUCUUCGACUUCGGCGACACCAUCCUCUGUCCCUGUCGAGGGAACGAGGAAAUCUGGAUCGGCGAAGACUCGCACGCCUCGAUUCAGCGCCAUGUGCCGCAGGCCUACCGCGUUAUCGCCAGCGCCGGGGGUGUCCUGCGGGGCCGGCGCUUCGUGCCGCGCGCAGCCGAAAGCGGUGACCGGGCGGGCAGGGAGGCCUUGAAGUCGACCAAGGCGGUAGCUACGGACCCUUCGGAGCCACAGUCGCAGCAGUUCUAUAUCAAGCAGCUGCUAGAACUCAUCGAUGAGCAGCAAUCAGGCGAGAAGGCCAGUGACCGGUUCACGUCACUACUGGUGUCGUGCUACUACAUCGACUUUAACGGGGCCCGGCUAAGCGCCGUGCCCGACAUCUUCAAAAUUAGGCCGUUCGACGGCGAGAUGGAGGUCACGUCGCUCAACGUUUUUCCAAUGGCGUACCAACGGCACCUGGGCACUCAGGACAAGGCGAUAGACCUACACGCGCGUGGACUAAAGUUCCUCGAAUGGACUCGCGUUACGCACCUCAGCUACGACGGCCAAACGGUCGGCGAGACGCAGGAGGAGAUCACCAGCCCCGUCAUAAUCGACUUUAAGCUCGCAUUCCAGGAGUUGCCAGACCUGGUGCCCAGCUUUGGCCGAUCCGAGCGCAUCUGGGACUGGACGAACCCCGGAGGGCUGAUGGAGCUGCCCAUGUCGACGUGCGAGAACCCCACGACAACGUGCUGCCUCAAGGACCAGUACAUGGAGUUGGAAAAGGCUCGGUCUGGGAAAAUCCUACCCACCCUCAAGACCUGGCUGGGGGAACUCGAAGUUGGCGGUGACAAAUGCCAGACCAAGCGGCUCAAGGACCAGCUCAGGGAUAAAGAUCUUCACGUGCUGUUGCCUGGCGUGGUGCACGGCUUUGCUCUCCACAGUCGCAAGUGGUUGCAGUUCGACAUUGGACGCCUCAAGGAGGUCGAGGUUGCUGAGGGCGAGAGCGGCUGGGACGAUCUCGUGCUCCCGGCGACGCACCGCAGCAUGGUGCAGUCCAUGGUCGAGACGCACACGGCCGGGUCGCGUCAGGGCUCGUCGGGCCCCGGCGCCUCCGGGUCUGGCAGCGAGGGCAAGUACGACAUCGGAUUGAUCCAGGGCAAGGGCAAAGGCUGCAUUAUCCUGCUGCAUGGCGUCCCGGGCGUGGGCAAAACAUCAACGGCCGAGUGCGUGGCCGCCUACACGCGCCGGCCCUUGUUCCCAAUCACUUGUGGCGAUAUCGGGUACGAGCCGGAAAAAGUCGAGGCGAACCUGGAGAAGCUCUUCCGGCUAGCGCACAAGUGGGGGUGCGUUAUGCUUAUUGACGAGGCCGACGUGUUCCUGGCCGAGCGUGACAAGGCCGACGUCAAGCGCAACGGGCUGGUGUCGGUAUUCUUGCGCGUGCUCGAGUACUAUUCCGGGAUUUUGUUCCUUACCACCAACCGUGUAGGCGCUUUCGACGAAGCGUUCCGAUCGCGGAUUCACCUGUCGCUGUACUACCCGCGGCUGGACGAAAGGCAAACCUACGAGGUGUGGGACAUGAACAUCCGGCGCAUCGAAAAGCUCAACAGGCAGCGCGAGGCGGACGGGCUGCAGCCAGUGGCGUACAGCCGCAAGCGAAUCCACGAAUGGGCGCAGCUCAACUACAAGGCACUCCGGUGGAACGGGCGUCAGAUCCAAAACGCCUUCCAAACGGCGCUGGCGUUGGCCGAGUUCGAGGUCCGCCGGCGGCCGCUCAAAAAGCGGCAGCCCAAGAUCACCGUGGAGCACUUCCGCACCAUCGGCGAUGCCACCAUUCAGUUCGACAACUACCUGAUCGAAACCCACAUGGGCGCGGACCAGUCCAAAGCGGCCAAGCAAAAGCAGAUCCGGUCUGACCAGUUCGGGGCCGAUGGGAAGCCAGCCAAGGACCGCGAGAUCCAGAUGCCCAUCUCGCACAAGCCCAAGCCCAAACGGAGGGCGCCGAGGGCGAGGGGGGCAUGCAGUGACGACACCGAGUCCUCUCAGAACGAGACCGACUCGGAAGAGGAGGAGGAGCACAGCUCUCAAGAAUCUGACAGUGAGUCCGACGUGAAGUCCAGGAAGAAGAGCAAGAAGACAACGAAAAAGAAGACAACAGAUAGCGCCAAGGUCAAGGUAGAGGUCGAGAUAGGCGAGAAGGACAAGGUCAAGGCAGCCGAGAAAGGGUCGAGGAGAAAAAAGAGGACGAAGAAGGACCAAAGCUCGGAUGAGGAGACGGAAGAGGAAGAAGAGAGCGAGGAGGAAAGGGCGAGCAAAAAGAAAAGGGGCACCAAAAAGCAGGUGAAAAAAACCAAGGCCAAAAAACGGAUGAGCUCGGACGAGGAGGAGGAUGGUAACGAAGAUGAGGUCCAGUCCGAAGACUGAUAGUGGGGAUGGAUUGAUGGGCACGGGAUCCCAUAGCAACACCCCCUUUUUUUGUUCGCUGCCAACCAAAUAAUAACGAGUGCCUGAUGUGAUUGAGAAAGAACUGACGUGGGAGGAUCAGUCCUAACCCCUGAAGGCGGAAAGCUAGCUCAGAAUUGGCCGGGUUGAUGAACGGUGAGGGCUCUAAUCUCGAAAAAUAAAUCGUCAAACGUAAAUUCCGGUGAUGUGGAACUUGACGUCUCCUGAAGUACCUUUGGGGGUUUUCAGAGAGUACCAGCCUUCACGGAGAAAGCGCCCCUCCAAAUAUGCGCCACAUUAUGAGGUCCAGUUGGACUUGAUAGCAAAACAAGAACUCAGUCGCCAAUUAUGUUGAGACACAAAUGAAAUGGUUUUGGUCAGGA